AUGGAGUUUGAAGUGAUUAGACCAGUUAUUAGCGCUCCAUCAAGUCCCACUCGCUUUUCCCCAUUCAUUGAUUUGAUCUCUCUUACCAAUACUAAUCAAGAACAGGAAGAAGAAGAAGAUCAAGACUUUGAAUUUAGUAUACAUGAACUGGAACCCAAAUCGCCGAUCACCGCGGAUGAAUUAUUCUCCGGUGGUAAAAUCCGAACAAUAGACGAGCCAUCAUCGAAUUCAAUGACUAAACAAACAUCCAGGAGAAUAUCUGAUCAUCAUCAAAGUCGAGAAACAGAGAGAAUUUCAUCUAAAUCCAUUCGUAGAUCGGCAAGAUCCCUCUCUCCACUCAGAAAUUCAAAUUACAAUUGGGAAGAAGAAACCCAAAAAAUCUCGGCUUCUAAAAAGUGGAAAUUCAAAGAUCUUUUCAGGAGUGCAUCAGAGGGUAGAGCGGGUGACAAAGAUCCAUUGAGGAAAUACGCAGCCAUUUUCAGGCGAAGUGAUGAAGUAAAAGGUUCUAGCUUUCGACUAGCCGAAGGAUCUAUUUCGAGAAGGAGGACGAUGGGAGGUCCGGUUUCGGCUCACGAGAUUCAUUACACAGUGAACCGGGCUGUUUCGCAGGAAUUGAAGAAGAAGAGUUUUUUGCCUUAUAAACAGGGUAUUCUGGGUCGGCUGGCGUUCAUUCCGACCGUCCAUGGUCUUGCCGGAGGUUUCGGGUUCUCCCAUAAAUGA